AUGACUAUUAAUGGUCAUCUCCCGGCACUCUUCAAUUCGCAAUUCGCCGAUAGCAGUCGACAUGGAAAUGGCGACCAAGGAAGUGUGGAACAAUUUAGAUCUCAACAUUUGUCUGGAAUCCCGGUCGUUGAAGCUAUGAUGUGUCAACCUAUGUCAAUGCCGAUGGACUCAACUAUGAUGUGUCAGCCUAUGUCAAUGCCGAUGGGAGUCCAGCACAACAUGCCGAUGGGAGUCCAACACAACCUAACCGACCAGUUUAAUAGAAAACGUACUAGGGGUCUCUCUUUUGAUCAAUCGGGUAAUUAUUGUUUUGCGGAUUUACCUGCUACCGACGGAGAUAAAAUCUCGUCGUUGAUCCGACAACAACAAAUGGAAACCAACUCCUUAGUUAAUGAACAUACCAAGAAAUUAAAAAUGGACCUCAUGGGGCGUCAAUCUCAACAUGCAAAGCAGUUGUUAGCUUCGGUUAGUGAAGGAUAUUUGGGGAAAAUGAAAGAACAAAGCGACGAGAUCUGGAGAAAAGGAAGGGACAUCUGGUUCCUUGAACAAAAAAUACAAAAAUUGAUGGAGGAUAACAAAUUGUUGAUGAACUCAGCUAUGACUAGUGAAGCGAAUGCCAAUUCUCUACAAGAAAAAUUGGACCAACUUCAAGAUUAUUAUAAUUCCAACCAACAUUUGUUGGCAGUUGUUAAUGAAGAGGAGGUGGAAUCCCGAUGUAAUAGCAAUUAUCAUAUUGUAGAGUUCGUCGGUGAGAAUGAGGGUGGCAGCGACGGUUUUGUGCCCAAGAAAUACAAAUGUAAGACAUGCGGAGAUAUGGAGGCGUCUGUCUUGCUACUACCGUGUAGACAUCUUUGUCUUUGCUCAUCUUGCGGUAACAAUAUGCUCCGCACUUGCCCCGUGUGUGAAAUUAAGAUUGACACAACUAUCCGUGUCAAUAUGUUAUGA